AUGGGCGCGGAGGCUUUGGGCCGGAGGUUGUUGGGUGAGGUUGAGGAGGCCCGGCUGGACGAGGUCCUCCGCUCCGUAAGCCUGUCCGCGCAACCAGAGCUGAGCGAAGAAGGGCCAUUCGGCAUCCGCCCGCUAGACCGCCUGCUACGCCUGUUCGAGCAACAACAACAACAACAACAACAGCAACAACCAGUCGCACGCCAGCAGCAUGACCCUGGCUCCCCACCGCCCGGACAACCCCAGAGGCCUCGAACUGCUACUACCGGUGCCCCAAAGCCACCCCCCAUCAUCGAACUCACCUCGGCCAACCCGGGCGCCGGCAAAACCCAGCUCCUCUACCUCCUCAUCACGCACGCCAUCCUGCCGCGCACCUACGACGGCAUCCCACUAUCGUCCUCCUCCUCGGGCCACGCCGGCGCCGUCGUCGUCGUCGACGCGGACAAUCGCUUCUGCGCUGCGCGCUUGGCUGCCGUCGCGAGGAGCCACGUCUUGCGCCGCAGCAGCGCCCAGAAGAAGAAACUCGAUUCCGCUGCCAUCGACGCCCUCAUCACCGCCUCCCUCGCCCACGUGCACGUCCUGCAGCCGCAGUCGCACGCCGCGCUCCUCGCCGCCCUGCGCGCGCUGCCGGCGUACCUGUUCGCGAAGGGCGAGGGGCUGCUACACGGGUCGGCGUGUCGGCCGCUGCGGGCUGUUUUUGUGGACAGCGUUAGCGCGUUUUUCUGGCCGUUGAGGGCGGUGGAGGAUGAUGCGAGGGUUCUUAUCAGCAGUGGCGACAUGAGCGGUGGUGAGAGUGGCAAGAGCGGCAGAAGCUCGACGACGACGAGCGAGGCCUACGCCGCGCUGGCACGGGAACUGCGCGGGUUAAGCGCACGGUUUGGAUGUGUUGUCGUUACGACGAGCGUUGCGUCGGCGUCUCCGUUCGCCUCCUCAGCUUCGUCGUCCUCGUCGUCCUCCGAGCGCCACCGACAUCACCCUGCUCUUCGCCCCCUGCUCCCUGCGUCGUGGCACGCCGCCGCCGCCGGCGGGUUGCUGCACCUCGGCGUCGAGAGGGUGCGUGUGAGGGGCUUUGCGCCGGCGAUGAGCGUGGCGGAGGCGAGGGCGGAGAGAGGGCAGCGGCAAAGCGUGGUGGAGGAGGGCAGGUUUGGGGUUUGGGUUGAUGGGUGGGGGGCGGAGGCGUGGCCGAGGGGUUUGUGGGAGGGGUUGGGGGCAAUGGAAGGUAGGGGCAGGUGGGGGUUCUAUGUGAGAGGGGAUGGGGUGGUUGUGGAAGGGGAGGAGGAUGGGGGAGAGGGAGAGGAGGGUGUGGUGGAGAUUUGA